AUGUGCACUGCGCCUUGCGCUCUGAUAUGCCGUGCCGGCUCCUGCCCGUGUCAGGGGCGGCUCGAGGCGCUGCCGUCCUCCGGUUUGCUCGAGCUCGACUUUCGGUGCGGCGACCACGCGGCCCUGCUCGAGGGGCUGGCGGCGGGGAGCGCCGACCUCGUGGUCUUCAACCUCGGCUAUCUCCCCGGCGGCGACAAGUCGAUUGUCACGACCGCCGAGGGCACCGUGCGCGCGAUGAGCGCGGCAGAGGCUGCGGUUGCGCCGGGCGGGUGCGUGAGCGUCGCUCUCUACCCGGGACACGAGGAGGGGUCGAGGGAGGCGGAGGCGGUGCUGGAGCACGCCGCGCGCUUGCCGCAGGGAGGCUGGUCCGUGCUCUCGUCGCAGUGGAUCAACCAGCGCUCCAAGCGGAGCGGCAGCCCCGCGCCGUCCCUGCUGCUCCUGCAGCGAAUGCACUGA